AUGGGUAAAGCAAGUUCUUUAAUUAAUAUUAUUAGACAAGAAAGAGAUAUUUUGAAAUUACGUAAAUUAAAUAUUGAUUCUCCGAUAUCUAUCUCCAAUGAAAUAAAUAUACUUAAUGAACUUUCAAAGGCUCUUAAAACCCAUUCCACUUUUGAAAUAUAUAAAAAUGGUUGCAAGUAUAGAUUAGAUCAAAUGAGUUUCCAAGAUGAUGAAGAUAAUGCCACUAAAUUUCUUGUCAACUUUCGUUCGCUUUGUUUUAAGGCGGAAAUCAUUAAUCCACAGGAGAUUAAAAAUCAUCUUUUGGAAAACAUAUUCAUCAAAUGA